CGGGCGGCGGCUCCGUGAGGGGACCCUGAGGGCUCCGUGAAGGAUCCGUGAGGGCACCGUGAGAGGACCGUGAGGGCUCCCUGAAGGCUCCGUGAGGCGGCUGCGGCAUGUUUCAGACCUUGUACAGCUAUUUUUGGUGGGAACGGCUCUGGCUCCCGGCAAACCUCACCUGGGCCGACCUGGAGGACCGGGAUGGGCGAGUUUAUGCCAAAGCCUCUGACCUGUACAUCACCCUCCCCUUGGCCUUCCUCUUCCUCAUCGUCCGGCACCUCUUUGAGACGUACGUGGCCACCCCCCUGGCCGGGCUCCUGAACGUCAAGGAGAAGAUCCGAUUAAAAGCCACCCCCAAUGCGGUGCUGGAGAAGUUUUAUGCUGCCACCACCAAACACCCCAAGCAGGCCGACGUGGAGAUGCUCUCCAAGAAGAGCGGCUGCACCGUGCGCCAGGUCGAGCGCUGGUUCCGCCGCCGCCGCAACCAGGACCGGCCCAGCCUGCUCAAGAAAUUCAGGGAGGCCAGUUGGAGAUUCACCUUUUACCUUAUUGCUUUCAUUGCUGGCAUGGCUGUCAUAGUGGAUAAACCGUGGUUCUACGACCUGCGGGAGGUGUGGAAGGGAUACCCCAUCCAGAGCAUGCUGCCCUCCCAGUACUGGUACUACAUGAUCGAGCUCUCCUUCUACUGGUCCCUGCUCUUCAGCAUCGCCUCGGACGUCAAACGCAAGGAUUUCAAAGAGCAGAUCAUCCACCACGUUGCCACCAUCAUCCUCAUCAGCUUCUCCUGGUUUGCCAACUACAUCCGUGCCGGGACCCUCAUCAUGGCCCUGCACGACUCCUCGGAUUAUCUGCUGGAGUCUGCCAAGAUGUUCAACUACGCCGGUUGGAGAAACACCUGCAACAACAUCUUCAUCGUCUUCGCCGCYGUCUUCAUCAUCACCCGCCUGGUCAUCCUGCCCUUCUGGAUCAUGCACUGCACGGUGGUUUAUCCGCUGGAUCUCUACCCUGCCUUCUUUGGCUACUACUUCUUCAAUUUCAUGAUGGUGGUGCUGCAGUCGCUGCACAUCUUCUGGGCCUACCUCAUCAUCCGCAUGGCCCAGAAGUUCAUAACUGGAAAGGUGGUGGAGGAUGAGCGAAGUGACCGYGAGGAGACGGACAACUCGGAGGAGGAAGAGGAGGUGGUCAAGAACGGCCCCCUCUCCAACGGCCACCCCGUCCUCAACAACAACCACCGCAAAACCGAGUGAGCGCCCCGGAGCCGAGAGCC